GUUUUUUCUCCUGCACAAUUAUUUUCCCCCCAAAGUCACGACCGCCAAAGAGAGAGAGAGAGAGAGAGAGAACUCGAGCCCAAAAAAGAAAAAGAGCACAAACAGCCUCGAAUAAUCGAAUAAUCGGAAAUCAUUUAAAAACCUUAUCUCGAGAUAAAAAUAAAAGGCAGAGCCUCAUUUAAACAUCUGGAGAUUGGAUUGUUUUCAUUUGAAGAGAAUUUCUUCGAGAGGUUAUCGAUGAAAUUGAUAAUUAAUAGCUACCUACCCAGUCAGUAUCUACCUAUUGAAUAAAGGAAUUGGGAAGUUUUCGAUCGACUUGUAUUAAGAGGGGACGGCUUCCUUUUCCAAGACGACCGGUCGCAAUUUUUCAUUUUCACGCUUUUUCGCAAUCGAAUCCAUCGAAAAGGAAGGUUACGUCACCGCUAAUUAUCAAGCCUUUGAAUCUUUGAAAGUUUGAAGGAAGAAAGAACGAAAGAACGAAAGAAAGAAAGAAAGAAAGAGAGAAAGAAAGGAUAUCGGUAGUCCAUCAGAUAGAAUUUGGUUGAUUGAUUGAUGAUUGAUUGAUUGACUACUACUUAUUAAUCAAAAGGAAAGGAAAGGAAAGGAAGAAGCAAAGGAAGAAGAAUAGUAACCUUAGGAGUCAUAAUUCCUAAGAGUUAUUCUUUUCCCCGCGUCUUUAUAUCUAUCUAUCAUCUAAAAUAGGUACGUACCCUCCUUUUUAAAGAUUCUGACAUCAUUCGAAUCUUGUUUCUCAUCUGAAUCCACAGCCAAAUCCGUCCAUCCAACUUGAUCAAGAUAGAGGGUAGCCAAAGUCGCGAAAACACAGCAAAGCAAAGCAACAAUAAUAAUAGCAAUAGCGCAAAAUCCAGAAUCCAAAAUCCACAAUCCACAAUCCAAAAUCCAAAAUCCAAAAUCCAAAAUCCAAAAUCCAAAAUCCAAAAUCCAAAAAGCAACCCAAACCCAACCCCAACCCCAACGCAAUACGACACAACACAGCACAACACACAACACACAGGCACACGCGCGCACACACAUCGUACAUCAAACCAACCAUCUUAAUUGAAGAUCGAUCACUUUAAACUUUCGAAAUCCAAUAAUCAUUUAUAUAAACGGAGUAAAGGCUGGAAUUGGGAAUAUCUUCUCUUUUAACGGCUUGAGCCUCAAGGAAUAAAUCCAUCUCCACAUCACCACCGCAAACCAAUAAUUACAUUCCUACAGUGCUGAGAGUACUAGGUACAGUACUGCGAACCUCAAUCCAACCUAACCAUCCAUUUAUACAGCCAUACAACUACACCCUAUCUACACACGCUAUCUACUCUGCGGUAUAAAAUUUACACCACUUUCGUCAUCAUCGUCAUCGUCGUGUAAAGGGCAAUCGAUACUGUAACAAAUUCCAUCAUCUAUCCAGCCAGCCACGCUAUCUUGAACUCAAUUCAUUGCGUCGUCUGACACCUGCUACGUCUCCUUGGUGGUCAUUCCUCUUUCCUUUCCCAUCAUGGUGUCCUUUUCACAAAAGAUCGACAGUCCUAUAGAUGAUAAUUUUAAACCUUCAGGCAAGCAUUCCCUUUAAUUGACCCCAAUCCUUUAUCUCUGCUUCCAUUCAACUUCAUCCAUCCAAUUCAGUUCACUUACUUACAUCCUUCUACCUCGUCAUCAACAAUGAUAUGCUAUACAUUAAUGACUAGACAACUAACAUAUUUUCUUCAGCAGGCGACUCAAUAAUACCAGAUGCCACAGUAAAGCCUGUACUGUUAGAGGCAAGUCGACCACUUCCAAAUCCACCCGUGCCGUCGCGCAACGAAGUGAGCGAUUAUAUUGCAAAACGGUGUAAUAAACUUGAAGAAGAAGAAAAUCCUUUCGAUUCUCAAUUUGGAGGUGGUCCUGCGAAACCCAAUCUAGCCAAAACUCCUGGUGGUACCCUACUACCUUCGAUUCAAGCUUUACAAUCUGGAUCCUUACCUGGUUUUAGUAAUAUGGAAGGAUUACGGUCGGGUCCAUUGAGUCCCAAUAUGCUCGCUGGUCCAAAAGAACCUGCCGAUGAUUACUUCUCCGGAGAUCAUAAUAUGAUUGAGGGUCCAAGGGGUUUCACUCCAAUGGAAUCUGCUUUGAGGCAUGAGAGGAUCUUGCCAUCACCAGGGAAUGUUCUAAGUCCUGGCAAUCCAUACUCAUUGAAUUCAAGUUCACUCAUUGGAGGAAUUGCAAGUCCAGGAAUUGGAAUGUAUAGCGGUGGAAUUGUCGCAACACCUGGAACGGCCGACUUUCAGCGGACUGCUUCCGAAAUUCGUCAGCGUCAAGUUGCCGCUAGUCUUAAUGAGCAAAAGAGAGAUAUGAACAUUACUUCCCAGCCCCAACAGAUGAACGAAGGUAAUCGUAAUGACAUGACGGACUAUCCUGGGGGUGAUUACACUGCAGCCCAGAGCCUCCACAUGUUGGCUAAUCAAGCUUCGGCAUCAUCUCGGGAUUCCUCGCCACAUUACAACAUUGCCCUGGGCCAACCACGACAAGCACAGACCUCGACACAAAAAAUGUUAUUAAAUCGAAAUCAGCAAACUUUGAACCAACAGAUGAACCCUAUGAACCCUAUGCAAGUCAAUGGCCAAAUGGCUGGUCGGCCAAACAACCCAUCUAUAAUGAAUGGUCAUUCUAUGGAUUCGAGAGAAAGGAACAAUUCCGUAAACUCAAACUCAUCGAGUCCGGUGAGCAAUGGCAAUAGCAUUGGUUAUGAUAAUGACAUGAACGGAAAUGGUUCUCAGUCAAUGGGCAAAAAGAGGGCAACCACAAAGCGAAAGGCAAGCGCAAACAAAACUCCACCAAAGAAUAACAAAAGGACCAAGGGGGGUAGUAACGCCUCAAAGAGGGAUGAUGAUAUGAAGAAUGAAGAAUUUACAAAUGAAGACCUAGAUAACAUGGAUGAUCAGGGUGAUUUCGAAGAGAAUGAAGAAAACAACAACAACAACAACAACAACAAUGGCAAACCCAAGAAACCUGAAACAGAUGAUGAGAAACGGAAGAGUUUCCUUGAACGAAACAGGUUAGCUUUUUUCUUCAUGAUAUAUGAUUCUUCAUGCUAAUUAAUUUUCAGGGUUGCUGCUCUUAAAUGUAGACAGCGUAAGAAGCAAUGGCUCAACAACUUACAACAAAAAGUUGAUACCUACACCAACGAAAAUGAGGCUCUACAACAAAGAAUCCAACAAAUGGGUCACGAAAUUAUUCAACUUAGAACCAUGCUUUUGGCUCAUAAGGAUACUCCGAUUGGUAUUCAACAAGGUAUCGCGGCAUUUGUUCCACAAAUUUACGAAGAGAUGCCACAAAUGCAUCAAGCUCAAAAUCCAUAUGGUAUGGCUGGAAUGCAACCAUCUCAAAAUCCUGCCAUGCAGUAAUCUAUGAUUCAUGGUUUCAAACAAAUGUGUCACGCUAGGGCCUUCAUGAAUUCGAAUUUCUUGGAUUUACGAAUAUGCUCCUCAACACGGAAAUAAUUUGUAUCAUAGAUUUCUUCUCGACUUUCUUUCAUACAUCAUCUGGAGCUGGAAUCGAAGGAAAAUUCUUCUAGCUUACAGGUAUGAUCUUCUUCCCAUUUAUACAUAUUUUUUCUCUUACACUUAAUUAUUGACAGAGUCCAAAUGCCGGAUUCUAUUCUAUUCACGAUUAAAAUGUGCAUACAUGGUUGGGGUAUGAAACCAUACUUUCGGCGCUGGGGAGGAUUGGAGGUUAUUUUAUUGUUUACCAGGACUGGUUUGACAAAACGUAUAUGCAUACAUGUACUCGAACUUAAAAGAGGUUUUGGUUCUGAGAUAUGGUUGGGUUGCGCGCAUGGUAGGGCAUGGUGAUGGGGUAUUUGGUUUAUUCAUUCAAUUCAUUCAUUUUUCUUAUCUUAAAUAUUUGAGACUUUUUUUGGUCUCCUGGAAACGAAAUGGAUUGGACUGGAGUUGAAGGGGAAAAAAUCCACUUCGGGCGAAUGGAGUUUUUUUUUCCUCGAGAGAAACAAAAUUUUGAAUUGAAAUGAUUGUAAUGUUAUUGAAUGUUGAUUGAUUUUUUUGAU